AUGAACAAGGCAGCCUGCAUUAAAACAGGGGCAGUCAAUGCCGACCACCCUCGCUGCAGCCGUAGACCUGGACCACCAGAGGUGACACGUUCGCCGUACCUCGCGCGCCGCGGCGCCCUGGCCGCCGGCCUCUCGGCAGCCCUGUUCGCCGCGGCUCCCGCGCCCGCCCUCGCGGACGCCCCCGGCAAUCUCCCCGGGUUCAAGAAGGAGCUGAAGAAGCGCCCACGGAAGAUACCCGCAGAGAAGUACUCCGAGUUCCCCGGCGUCGAGGGCCUGCGCGUGUACGACAUCUCGGAGGGCGCGGGCGACGCGGUGCAGGAGGGCCAACGCAUCGUGGUCCAUUAUGACCUGAAAUUCAAUUCCGUGACAAUCGCCUCCAGCAGGAUCGGCGCGGGGGUCGCCGGCGGCGAGCCCUACGGGAUGGACGUGGGGCAGUUCGGGAGGCCCGGGGGCUGCUUCCUGAAGGGCAUGGACCUGGGCGUGCGCGGCAUGCGCGUCGGCGGCCAGCGCAGCCUGCUCGUGUCGCCGGAACUGGGCUUUGGUAGCAAGCAGGUGGGCGAGGUGCCGCCGAACAGCACGCUGACGCUCGACCUGGAGCUGCUCACGAUCAAGAAGAGCGCGCAGGGCUACCGGGUGAAGAUCGUGGAGGGCUGA